ACCAAGAACGCCGUUGUCUGACUAGCAAACCAUCAAACUUGUCGUUCAUCGAAUCGCCGCGGUUUCCACUGUGCGUGGCUGUGCUAAGGCAGUGUUAAUCGAUGUGAGCUUCUAUCUUGCUGUCUGGAGUAAACUUGAAUCUUUAUUUUCCAAUUGUUUUAUUCCGGGGACAGUUGAAAAGAGGCGGGUUAAUUCAGUUGGCCUAUAAUUUCAUUUGGUGUUUUAUGAAAAUAACUGAAAGAUAAUAAAAUGGAAAAGCGUAUAGAACUAGAGAAAAGGGGUAAAAAUCCAGCAAAUAUUAAAGAACUCAAUUUGGACAACUGCAGAAGUACAAGUAUUGUAGGAUUAACAGAUGAAUUUUGUAAUCUGGAAAGCUUAUCUCUAAUAAAUGUAGGUCUCACAUCACUUAAAGGAUUUCCAAAGCUACCAAAUCUCAAAAAAUUGGAGUUGAGUGACAACAGGAUUAAUAAUGGUCUAAAUUUGUUAGAAACCAGCCCUAAGCUAACCCAUCUUAAUUUAAGUGGAAAUAAAAUCAAAGAUUUGGAGACUUUAGAACCUCUUAAGAGUUUCAAAAAUUUGAAAAGUUUGGACUUAUUCAACAAUGAGGUCACAACAGUUGAGUAUUACAGAGAUGCUGUUUUUAAAACCAUCCCAAGCCUCAAAUACUUAGAUGGUUAUGAUGAAAAAGAUCGAGAGGCAGAAGACAGUGAUGAAGAAGUCAAUGGAAAUGAAGGAUUUGAACAAUCAGAUGAAGAAGGUGGUUCAUCAGAUGAUGAAGAAAAUUUGAAUGAAAGUGUUGGCUUGGGUGCAGUUUAUUCAGCAAAUAUUGAUGAAUUGAGUGAUGAAGAAGAUUAUGAGGCGUUGGAGGAAGAGGAAGAUUCUGAGAUAGCUGAAGAUUCUGAGGCUGAGGAGGAGGAAGAUGGUAAUAGCAGCGACGAAGCGGAAACACCUGAAGUGUCAAGGGGAAAAAAGAGAAAGCUUGAAGAGAAUCAGGAAUAAGUGCUAUGUUAGUGAUAUGGAAGGACUAUACUAUUGACCAAAUAAUGAUUUGUGUCUCGAUUUUUGGAGAGAAGAGACGACAUCAGACUGGCUGUGGUAUCUGAGCUACACUAUCGGUUUUUGGAAAAAAAAAAACAAAGUCCAUAAUCAAUAUUGAGUUUUCACAAUAAUUUUAGAUUCGAAAAAAUAAUAGCAGAACAGAUUCAAAUAUAAUCGAUUUAUAAUUAUAAAAGGUUGUCAAUAAAAUUUUAAUAUUGUUAUUCUAGCUCAAGGCUAAAAUGUAUAUUCCGAACGUACACUUAUUUCCAAUUGAACAUUGAGUUUUUAUGGGUUGAUGUAUUUUGUUUGAUCAAAAUGGAGUUGCUCUAAAAUAUUUCUGUUUGUUGAUUCUGUAUUCAGUGUUCCCGAAUUAUCCCUUUGAUAUUUAAUCCAUGUUGAAAAAACUUAAUUUUUAUUAAAAAUCUUUUUUAAGUCGUUUAUUAUAUGAUCUCUGGGACAAAUCAUUUUUUUCCUCUUUAUUAUGUCCUUUGUGUUGAAUUUUCGAGUUUUUUCAACGUGGUUCGGUUCACUUCCAUUGGGUAUUACAGCUGGGUCUGGUGAACAAACCGCAAAAAAGCAUUUUAUGCAGUACAAAAUUUUUAUCGGAUUUUACAAAACCCAUAUUGUUUUGCCAUCAAACGUUUUAUAUAAAUAUUAACUUAUUAAUAUAUAUAUUCAAAUUUUAAUUAGGGAAUUACUGUAAAGUUACGUUGAUGUUUAAUGAUAUGUAGUUGUUAAAACUGAGAGAAUCAUACUAAGUUUACUAAUGAUCAUUGUCCUUCAAGGAAAUAUCUUCUUUUAAAGAUUACUUUUUAUUUCAAUUGGUAAUUACAAUUUUGUUUUUUGUUUUUUUUUUUUGGAAUACAGUCUAUCAUCUGACCUCUUUUCUCCAGUAAAAUCAACAUUUAAUUUGUUUUUUAUGCACUUAUAGGUUAAUAGUUGAUAAAAUAUUGAAAUUUGAAUUUGAUGUAUUUUUUAUUUUCUAUUUAUAUAAAAAAUUUAAACUGAA